AUGGAGAUCAAGGUCACUCAACAAGAGGCAGAAAAGCUGAUGCUGGAGACUCCUACAACAGCCAACCUGCGUCAUUGGUCCAAAGAAUACAGCGCGGAACCCCAUCUCGCCGGCGAUCUGGCCCACGCCACACGCAUCCGAGAUCUUUGGAGAUCAUACGGCAUUCCCACGGAACUGGAACAAUACGAUGUACUUCAAAACUUUCCGGUGUCACAAAGCCUGCAACUCCUCGACUCCGACGGAAAAGCCACAUUCGAAGCUUCAUUGACAGAAGACGAGGUUCCUGAAGAUCCCUCGUCAUCACCCAAGAAUGGUCUCCCAGCAUUUCACGGCUUCAGUGCCAAUGGCGAGGCCUGCGCCGAGUUAGUUUACGCAAACUUUGGCGAGUUACGAGACUUUGAGCUUCUUGAGUCAAAGGGGAUCUCAGUCAAGGGGAAGAUUGUCAUCUGCAAGUACGCCAAAGUCUUCAGAGGCUUGAAGGUUCGGGCGGCAGAACAGUACGGCGCUGCUGCUGUUAUAUUGUACAACGAUCCACAAGAGGACGGGCAGUACACCGAGGCCAAUGGCUACAAGCCUUUUCCAUAUGGACCGGCUAGGCACCCCAAAUCUAUUCAGAGAGGAAGCGUCGACUUUUUCUCGAUAGCUGUUGGAGACCCUACGACCCCUGGGUAUCCCAGCUUGCCUGGAAAUGACGUCGAACGCCAGGAUCCUGGACACGCAACCCCGAAGAUACCAUCUCUGCCAAUAUCCUAUGCCGAUGCUGUUCCAUUUUUGAAGGUCUUGAAUGGACAGGGUCUGAGUCCCUUUUCCAUGAUGGGCGAAGGGAGUGACUGGAAGGGUUGCCUUCCUGACGUCGACUACUCCACGGGACCAAGCAAAGUGCGAGUCUCAUUAGCCAACCAUGGAACUUACAAAUAUGCUCCGAUAUAUAAUGUCAUAGGUACCAUCCGAGGAAUGACAGACGAAAGCAUUAUUCUAGGGAACCACCACGAUUCCUGGUGUUGCGGUGCUAUCGACCCUGUUAGUGGAACAGCCGCUAUGAACGAGGUCGCCCGCGCUUUGGGGGCCCUGUGUCAGAGUGGUUGGAAACCGUAUCGCAAGAUAAUACUGGCAAAUUGGGAUAAUGAAGAGUACGGCUUGGUGGGUUCCACCGAAUGGGGUGAGCAUCAUCAAGAGGAAUUAAGCAAGAACUGCGUCGCAUACCUCAACGUCGAUGAGGCUACAAAUGGCGGCCAAGUACUCGGCGUCACAGGUAGCCCCCUGUUGGCCAGCGUCCUUAGGGAUGUUACCCAAUUGAUCCGGUCGCCAAUCCACGAAGGCAAGACUGUCUACAAUGACUGGCUUGGUGAUCAACGUCGGACCGACCCUGGGCGUCCGGCCCCAGUGCUUGACCUCAUGGGAACCGGGAGCGACUACACAGUCUUCUUCAACCAUCUUGGCAUUCCUUCCGUUGACCUACUGUUCAAUCGUCAGGGCCAAGGAGUUUACCCUUAUCACUCCAACUAUGAUAGCUUCUACUGGGUUGAGAAGUUUGGUGAUGUGGGCUUCAAGAAGCAUCUUGCCAUGGCUCAACUAUGGGGACUUCUCACAGUUCGGCUCGCUGGUACUGGAAGCAUCUUAUUUGAGGCUGUGGAGUAUCCAAAGGUUCUUGCGCACCACUCAACACAGCUGAAGACCAAAUACGGGAGUUUGCUUGACCUCUCGACCCUUGACAGAGUGAUCAGUCGAUUUCAUGCUGCUGCUCUCGAAGUGGACACGAGAUCAAACACCAAAGCUUCUCCAACGAGCUUGCAACCCGAUAGCGGCAUCUUUGCUCCAGGACUUUGGUAUGGAUACGAUGGAGUCAUCUUCCCCGGGGUCAUGGAAUGCAUGGAGGCGGAAGACAUGAAAGGUGCGACCGAGUGGAUCGCGAAGAUUGUUGAAGCUAUUGAGAAAGUUACAAGACUUCUCUUGAUUAACACUGGAACCUUCCCUCUCUAUGAUAUUCAGACACCAAACCUCCUUGGCUGCCUCUUCGGGCACAUCAAACAUACCGAUGGCGAUUACUUUGUCACUCAAGGUGCUAUCAUCUGCGCAUGUCUCUUCAGCGUCAGCGAGAAGAACCCCGUAAUGUUUAGCCUUGUUCUUCCACCAGUACUUCCACCAAUUUCGUGGUUUGCUUGA